AUGGUGUGGGUGGAGGAUAAGGAGGAUCUCAAGCAGAUUGCGGUGCAUCACUUUUGUUCUUUAUUUGCUGAUUCUAACGGUGUGAUGCCUAAUCUUUUCCCUUAUGUCGAUCAGUCUUUGCUUGGUGCUUUAAAAGAAGAUGUGUCUCUUCAAGAAGUUAAAGAUAGUUUGUUUUCUAUUGGUGCUUUUAAGGCUCCUAGGCCAAAUGAUGGUCUUGGUAGUACCUUAAUCACUCUUGUUCCUAAGGUUGAUGGCCCUCAAGAUAUUUCCCAAUUUCGUCCUAUAAGUUUGUGUUCUACUUUGUAUAAGGUGGUGACCAAAAUUCUUGUUAACAGAUUGAAACCUAUUAUGAAAUCUGUUAUCAUUCCUAAUCAGGUUAGUUUCAUCCCUGGAAGACAUAUUACUGAUAACAUUAUAAUUGCUCAGGAAGUUUUGCAUACUUUCUCCAUCACUAGAGGGGCCAGAGGCUAUAUGGCUUGGAAAAUUUAUUUGUCUAAAGCCUAUGACAGACUUAGAUGGGAUUUUAUAAGGGAAGUGCUUGUUGAAGUGGGUAUUGAUGAUUUGACUGUCAAGCUUAUUAUGGAUUGUGUAAGUAAAGUGGAUUACAAGAUUGUAGUUAAUGGGGAAUGCUCAACCAGUUUUAGGCCGAAGAGAGGUGUUAGGCAGGGUGAUCCUCUCUCUCCAUAUCUUUUUGUGUUAUGUGUGGAGAAGUUUGGGCAUCUUAUCAGUGAAGCUGUCUCUAAUAAAUGUUGGAAGCCUGUCAAAGUGGCUAAAAAUGGGUCUGCCAUUUCGCAUUUGUUUUUUGCAGAUGAUAUUAUUCUCUUUAGCGAGGCUUCUAUUUCUCAAGCUAAAGUGGUUAAACAUGGAAAUUUUUGUGGGGUUCUUCUGAAGUCAAGUAAAACUUGUUUGGUUAGAUGGAGUUCUGUUUGUCUUCAGAAGAACAAAGGUGGUUUGGGUCUUAAGAGAAUGAAGUACAUGAAUGCUGCUCUUUUGGCCAAGUCCAGUUGGCGUUUGUUACAACGGGAUGAUGAUCUUUGGGCUAGUACUUUCAGAGGUGCUAAUACUAGUUUUUGGUUUGAUGCCUGGCUUGAUGAUGGCAUUCUCGCUAAUAAGGCCUUGAUUCCUUUGGAUGUUUCUGCUAAAGCUGUAAAGAGAGCUGUUCUUCUAGAGGAAUAUGUUUGGAAGAUUUCUGCGAUUCCUAUUGGUCUCAACGAUGGAGAUAGUGAUUGUAUUAUUUGGAAGCAUUCAAAUGAUGGAAAUUUUAGUGUUAAAUCAGCUUAUCUUGCAAGUAUUGAUGAUGAAGAUUUUGUCGAUUGGAGUUGGAGUGAUAUAUGGAAGCUUAAGCUACCUCCUCGAGUGCUUCAUUUUUUAUGGCUGACUCUGCAUGGGAGAUUGCUUUGCAAUGAACAGAGAGCUAAGAGACGUAUAACUGAUAAUUCCUAUUGUGACUUUUGUGAUGGUUGUGUUGAAUCUAUUGAUCAUAUUCUUCGACGGUGUGAUCGUGCAAAUCAACCUUACAUUCUCAUUUUUAAAGCUGCUAAAGAGUGGUUUGAGGUGCAAAAUUUUGGUGCUAAGCCUGUGAAGAGUAGGAUUUUUUUAGCAUGGGAUCCUCCUUCUCCUAAUUAUGUCAAGUUGAAUGCGGAUGGCAGUAGGAAAAGUGGCAAGGGGUGCUCUAGUGCUGGUGGGAUUCUACGUGCUGCUGCAUGUGUGUGGAUCGCUGGUUUCACUAUAAAUAUUGGUGUGGGGAGUGUGCUUAAUGCUGAGUUAUAG